UGUUCUUUGCACACUCUGAAAAGCUUUGUCUGUGUGCAUCUACCAGCGGGUCAUCACAAUAUCGGUAAUGUUAUGGUAAUCCGACUACAUGAAAGAGUUUGGCUCAAUCCCAUUUCCACUGUUUAGCCCUAGCCCUCUUUUCAAGUGCCCUCUUGCUUAUCAGAACAGAACAACAUAUCAGAAAUGGGACAUCGCUGCAACACAGACAUGAAUGGAUGAUUCCAGUAUGAGCUGUGCCGAUUUCUCUUGCAUAAUGUUUGCAAUCCUGGAAUUAUCACAAUGCCAUUUACCGUCUGAUGGAGAUAGCAAAGCAUGGACACUCCCAAUUUGUUGACAACAUUAGGCUAACAUUAGCAAGAUGUGCUCCUACCCUGCCAGUCUGGACUGAUGUAAGUGGAGCGACACAGUUCCAUUUCGCCAUCAAAGGGGGACAAUAGCAGCGGGUACUUUGAGAGCAUGGGGAACCCUCUCUUCCGACCAGGGCUGUGAGCUGCAACUUCAACGCUGAGAACAUCUGUGAUUGGCCGGGAGAUGGCAGACAUUCUGGAGCUGCGGACGGACGGGAACUCGCUCCUGAAGGCGGUGUGGCUCAGACGCCUGAGACUGACCAGGCUCCUGCUGGAGGGAGGCGCCUACAUCAAUGAGAGCAAUGAGCGCGGGGAGACGCCGCUCAUGGUGGCCUGCAUGUCCACACACACUGACCAGCAGAGUGUCGGCAAGUCGAAGCUGGUGAAAUAUCUGCUGGACAACCAUGCAGACCCCAACAUACAGGACAAGGCGGGGAGGACGGCCCUGAUGCACGCCUGCAUCCACAGGGCCGGACACGAGGUGGUGGAUCACCUGCUGAGCAACGGAGCCGACCCCAGCCUGGAGGACCGGAGCGGGGCCUCGGCCCUGGUCUACGCCAUCAAUGCAGAUGAUAAGCAGACACUGAAACUGCUCUUGGAUGCGUGCAAGGCUAAAGGCAAGGAGGUCAUCAUAAUCACCACAGAUAAAUCGCCGUCCGGCACCAAAACCACCAAACAGUACCUAAACGCGCCACCGUCACCAGGGCUGGACGAGAGGUCCUCCCCGACUUACUGCACCUCUCCGUCUGACAUCAGUGUGUCCGCGUCGCCAGCACCUGAGCAAGAGCUGCAAAACACAGUCUUCAGUUUCCAGACGAAGCUGAAAACCUCGAGUUCGGCUGCGAAGCUUGCCAACGGCCCAACGUCUCCAACGCGCCGGCCUGCAAACCCCAAACGUGCACGUCUGCCUCAGCUGAAGAGGCUGCAGUCUGAGCCCUGGGGGCUGAUUGCUCCCUCAGUCCUGGCUGCAGCCGCCGCCCAUGAGGAGAGCAAGAAAGCAAGCUCUGAUGAGGAUGUAGUCGCAGGGGUGAACGGGCUCUCCCUAAGCAAGAGGUCGGUUCUGUCUCGACACAACAGCGUGGACGGAAAGGACACUUUAUUCCCACCGGUGGGCGAGCAAGCCUGCAAAAUGACAACCUCACUAUCAGUUCCUCCAACGUCCAAAGCAUCGUACGAGAGAUCUCUCUGCCAGCACCAGCCGCUGGCACGGCGCAGCACCGUGCCAACGGAGCAGGAGAGCUGCAGCGGCACUGGACCCGCCAGUCUGAGAGACACAAUGCACAGGAGACGUCUGGGGAACGAUCACUAUGACUCAGACUCGCAGCUCUAUUUAGACUCUGCCAUGUUAGACUCUCCUAAGGUCCCAGUGGAGCGGAGGAAACUAAACACGUCUCCACUGGCGAUGCUGACCAGCUCCAGAGAAUCUCUCGACAGCAACGCCAGCCCCUCCUCCCCCAGCACAGCACACAGGCGAGCGCCGGGCCUCCUGGAGAGGAGAGGCUCGGGCACGCUGCUGCUGGACCACAUCUCCCACACCAGGCCCGGCCACCUGCCCCCGCUCAACGUCAACCCCAACCCUCCCAUUCCCGAUAUCGGGGCGAGUAGCAAGCCCUCGUCACCUCUGGCCACAGGUAUUAGAUCUAUAGCUCCAGUAGCACCAAACACACCAAAGAGAGGCGGCCUCAAGUCCAAGAAGAAACUUGUGAGAAGGCACUCUAUGCAAGUGGAGCAGAUGAAACAGCUUUCUGAUUUCGAAGAGCUGGCUCAUUAGUUAAGCGAUGGUGUUUAUGCAGCACAUAUUGUGAGGGUAGAAAUGUUAUAACAACACCACACAUUGUCAGGAAGCACAUCCAUAGGUUCAGCUGUGUAGACUCACAG